GUCCAUUCAAAGAUAUCUGUUAUUAUAGAAUUUGUUUGGUUCAUUUCCAAGCAGGAGCAGUAGGACCGACCACGUUCUUCACUGCUCGGAAGAAUAUGUAAGCAGCUAUGCCAGUUCCAGACCAGCCUUCUUCCUCUGAAAAGACCACCAUGCUAAGCCCUGUACUUAAUGCCUCCAAUGGGGAUGGAUCGGAGACUGAGACAGCUUCCGCAAUCCUGGCUUCUGUUAAAGAACAGGAGCUGCAAUUUGAGAGACUGACUCGAGAAUUAGAGGCCGAACGACAGAUUGUUGCCAGCCAAUUGGAGCGAUGCAAGCUUGGAUCUGAGACUGGCAGCAUGAGCAGCAUUAGUUCAACAGAAGAGCCAUUUCGAUGGAACACCCAAGACGGUCAGAAGGAUAUUGAGGAUGAGCUCACUACUGGCCUGGAGCUAGUGGACUCCUGCAUAAGGUCCCUUCAAGAGUCGGGGAUACUCGACCCUCAGGACUAUUCUUCAAGUGAAAGACCGAGUCUCCUUUCCCAGAGUGCAAUGCAACUCAGUUCCAAUCCAGAAGGGUCUUUCCAGUACACAGCCAGCUACCAUAGUAACCAGACCCUUGCCCUGAGCGAUUCCUCGACAUCGCAGUUCCCUACAUGCAGUGGUCAAGUUGGAGGUGCAGUUCAGAGCUACAACCAGGUCACAUCCAGUCGUGUAGCCCAUUUAGCUGCAUCUGAUCCUUCUCAGUCCCAGUCGAGAGAGUCCUUUGUGCCAAGCCAUGGGAGUGCCUUCCACUUGCCUGACUCUCAGCACACCUCCACUUACUACUCCAGCUCCACCCUGCCAGCACAGCGUGUGAGCUCCCCGCUGUCCAUGCUCCAGGUAGGAUCGAACAAGCUUCAGCGUGUCGGCUCGACUUCAGAGAACUCUGGCUACUGCACCACCCAACGGGUCUCUUCUCCCAAGCAGUCCCCCAGCCGACUGGCCAAGUCCUACAGCACCAGCUCUCCCAUUAACCUUGUGGUGUCUUCAUCUGGGCUCUCCUCCUCUCCCGUCCGGGUCGCCUCACCACCAGGUGUCCAGGCCGGCUUGUCAUGUUCCUCGCCAAUUCACCAGAUCAGCUCCACAGUGGGCAAUUACGCCACGCUGUCCCCAACGAAGCGGCUGUUGCACACCUCUGAUCAGUACAAGCACUCCCAUGACCUGUACACCACAGCCACCCUGCAGAGACCUGGCAGUCUAGCAGGAUCUCGGGGGUCAUAUAGCAGCCAGCAUAGCCACUUAGGCUCUGAGCUUCGCACUCUACAGUCGCCAGAGCAUCAUAUUGACCCCAUCUAUGAGGACAGGGUCUACCAGAAGCACCCUAUGAGGAGUCUCAGUCAAAGUCAAGGGGAUCCGCUGCAGCCUGGGCACACUGGCACUUAUCGCACCAGUACAGCCCCAUCUUCCCCUGGUGUUGACUCCGUACCCUUGCAGCGUACAGGCAGCCAGCAAGGUCCCCAGAACGCCAUGGGAACUUAUCAGAGAGCCAGCUAUGCAGCAGGCCCGGCCUCCAAUUACGCAGACCCCUACCGCACUCUUCAGUAUUGUCCUUCCGUGGAUUCACCGUACAGCAAAUCUGGGCCAGCCAUCCCACCGGAGGGGACCUUGGCAAGGUCACCUUCCAUUGACAGCAUUCAAAAGGAUCCCAGGUACAGCCGUGAAUUCCUUGUCUGGAAUCAAAAUCAAGCCGAGCAAAGAAUCACAAAGGAGUUUGGAUGGCGAGACCCAGAGCUUCCUGAAGUUAUCCAGAUGCUGCAGCAUCAGUUUCCGUCUGUGCAGUCUAACGCUGCAGCCUACUUACAGCAUCUCUGCUUCGGAGACAACAAAAUAAAAUCAGAGAUAAGGAGACAAGGUGGCGUCCAGCUCCUGGUGGAUCUCCUCGAUCAUCGAAUGUCAGAGGUGCACAGAAGUGCUUGCGGAGCAUUGAGAAAUCUAGUGUACGGGAAGGCAAAUGAUGACAACAAGAUUGCCCUGAAAAACUGUGGGGGGAUUCCUGCACUGGUCCGGCUGCUGCGCAAGACCUCAGAUCUGGAGAUAAGAGAGUUGGUCACAGGAGUACUCUGGAACUUAUCCUCAUGUGAUGCCCUGAAGAUGCCAAUCAUCCAGGAUGCCCUUGCUGUGCUGACAAACGCUGUGAUAAUCCCCCACUCUGGCUGGGGCACCGCUCCACACCAGGAGGAUCGCAAACUGCAGCUCCAUUCAUCACAGGUGCUGCGCAACGCCACAGGGUGCCUGAGGAAUGUCAGUUCUGCUGGAGAAGAGGCACGCAGGAGAAUGAGGGAGUGUGAUGGACUCACUGAUGCAUUGCUAUACGUGAUUCAGUCUGCUCUUGGGAGCAGCGAGAUUGAUAGCAAGACCAUUGAAAACUCUGUCUGUAUCUUGAGGAACCUCUCAUAUCGGCUAGCUGUGGAAACAUCUCAGGGACAGCAGAUGGGGACGGAUGAGCUUGAUGGAUUGCUUUGUGGGGAUGCCAAUGGCAAGGACACGGAGAGCUCAGGCUGCUGGGGAAAGAAGAAGAAGAAAAAGAAGUCCCAAGAUCAGUGGGACGGUGUUCUCCCAGAGUCUGCCGACCCCCCGAAAGGGAUCCAGAUGUUGUGGCACCCUUCAAUAGUCAAACCCUACCUCACGCUUUUGUCAGAAUGCUCCAAUCCUGACACAUUGGAAGGGGCAGCAGGAGCUUUACAGAAUCUGGCAGCAGGAAGCUGGAAGUGGUCUGUGUAUGUCAGAGCCGCGGUCCGCAAGGAGAAAGGUCUGCCUAUCCUGGUAGAGCUGCUACGAAUAGACAGUGACCGGGUGGUGUGUGCAGUUGCUACAGCUCUAAGAAAUAUGGCCUUAGAUGUGAGAAAUAAAGAACUUAUAGGCAAGUACGCUAUGCGCGACCUGGUCCAUCGUCUACCUGGAGGAAACAGCAGCAGCGGCAACAGCACAGCCAGCAAGACCAUGUCAGACGACACAUUAACUGCCAUCUGCUGUGCUCUGCACGAGGUCAUAACUAAAAACAUGGAAAACGCCAAGGCCUUACGAGAUGCAGGUGGAAUUGAGAAGCUAAUCGGCAUUGCAAGAAGCAAAGGAGACAAGCACUCAGCAAAGGUAGUGAAAGCAGCAUCUCAGGCCCUCAGCAGCAUGUGGCAAUACAGGGAUCUGCGUAGCCUCUACAAGAAGGAUGGAUAUUCACAAUAUCAUUUUGUUGGCUCUUCUUCUACAAUAGAGAGGGAUAGGCAGAGACCAUACUCCUCCUCCCGUACACCUUCUAUCUCCCCAGUCAGAACAUCUCCCAACAAUCGUUCAGCAAGUGCCCCAGCCUCCCCUCGAGAGAUGAUCAGCCUCAAGGAAAGGAAGACAGACUAUGAGUCGACUGGAACGAGUGCAAGUUACCAUGGUAACAAAGGAGAGCACACUUCCAGGAAAGACACCAUGGCAGUUCAAGUCUCAAGUGGAACAUCAACAUUGUUCCGGAAUUCUUAUGCUAACCCGAGUGAAGAUAUCAAACACAACCAGUCUCUCCCUCAAGACAACACCAGGAAAGAUUAUGAGACUUAUCCGCCGUUUCAGAACUCCACCAGAAACUACGAAGACUCAUUCUUUGAGGAUCAAGUGCAUCACCGCCCUCCUCCCGCCACUGACUACAAUAUGCAUCUGGGACUGAAGUCAACCGGCAACUAUGUGGACUUCUAUUCAGCUGCUCGUCCCUACAGUGAACUAAACUAUGAAACGAGCCACUACCCAGCCUCUCCAGACUCCUGGGUUUAGGACACACGUCCUCAAGCAAAAGACCACAGGAGGACCGUGCAUGUGCAUGCAUACCACAAGACAUUUUUCUGCAAGUUUAGUUUGUCAAAGCUUGUUCCAUAGAAAGGUUCCUUUUGACAAAUGUGAGGGGAUGAAAAAGAAAGCUAUACUGGGUAAAGUGUAAAGAAAAAAGAAUAAAUGAAUGAUGACAGAGGGUGCUAAUUUAGUGGGAAGUGAAAACCUUGACCUUUUGAGUCAAGACAUAAAUAUCGUUGUGGGUAGCUAGAAUGUUGAAGAUGGCAAGAGAGAGUAAACAGAUGGGCAUCUAGAAAGAUAAGUAUGUCAAGCACAAGAAAAUGAACUGUUUACACAAGCUAUGGGGACGGCUUUUCACAUUUUGUUGGUUAUCUUUACUUCAUUGUGAAUCAAGGCUUUAACUUGUAUCUUGAAGUUUCUUGUGUUCGGGAAGAUAAUUUUAGCCUUUUCUCUAUUUACUUUUUUGCUUUGUUGUAAAGUAUUUGAUGUACAUUACAGAGCUGCAAGUGCAUUGUGUAUAUUACACCUAUGCCACUGUCUAGUCAUCAGUGGCUUUAAAUAUUGUUUCUGUUUAAAAAACAAAAAACAAAAAAAAAACAGGAAAGUUGUAUGAAUUAACAACCUUUCCUUCCCUAAGAAAAGUAUGUUUUAACAGCAAGGCGGAAGUAUUUAGCAGUAUUGUUCGUUCUGAUAAUGUGAAUUUGUUUGUGGCAAUUAAACAAACGUUUUAAGCAGAUCCAGACAGUUAACAGAACAUUAUUCCACACUCCUUGUCAAUUAAGUGCUUUUUCACUGCCUAAACUUUUAGAUGUAGAUAUUUGAAAUAGAUUUUUUUUUUCAGUUGUACCAGGUUUUUCUUUAUGAUGAUACAGUGUUAAACGAUAACAAAUUCAAAUUUGUUUGUCAUCCAUAAUUGCAUAAAACCUGUUCCACUAGUAUCUCAUCUGUCUGUGCUUAUAUAAAAGAGGAUUAAAAUGUGCCAAACUAUAUUAUCACUAGUGCCAGACUGGAGAUAAUUAAGAAAUGUAGUUGAAGUUUACAUUCGAUGGCUAGUUACUUGUUCUCUUGAUGACAGUUUGUAAAUGCUUUUUUUUCCUAAAUGUGUUUUAAUGGAAUUCAGCUAUAUCCAGAUCAUACUGGACUAUAACCAGGAGGGCACAAUCUUCCUCCAAAGAUGUAUAAUUCUGUAUCUCAAGUAAUGUUAGUUGGGUGUCUGUUGUCAUGUUUUUUAAGCAAGAGACAUUCUUUUGUUUCAAUUUACAUUUAAACAAAAAGAUUCAGAAAUCAUCCUAGAGCAAAAUGUUAACAGAUAAUGAUUUUAUAUAUAUAUAUAU